CCUCCGCGCCGACCCCGCCCAGGCCCCGCCCUAUCCAAGCCCUGCCCCGCAGCUCCGGGGGACGCGCGCGCGCGCGCGCGCGUGUGCGGGAGGGGGCGGGUGGGGAAGGAUCGCCAGCAAGAUCCCGAGGCGAGGCUCGCGCGCCCGCCCCCGCCCUGGCCCCCAGCUCCCACCCGGUCGGCCCGGCUCAGCCAUGAUCAAGGCGAUCCUCAUCUUUAACAACCACGGGAAGCCGCGGCUCUCCAAGUUCUACCAGCCCUACAGUGAAGAUACACAACAGCAAAUCAUCAGGGAGACAUUCCAUUUGGUAUCUAAGAGAGAUGAAAAUGUUUGUAAUUUCCUAGAAGGAGGAUUAUUAAUUGGAGGAUCUGACAACAAACUGAUUUAUAGACAUUAUGCAACAUUAUAUUUUGUCUUCUGUGUGGAUUCUUCAGAAAGUGAACUUGGCAUUUUAGAUCUAAUUCAAGUAUUUGUGGAAACAUUAGACAAGUGUUUUGAAAACGUCUGUGAACUGGAUUUAAUUUUCCAUGUAGACAAGGUUCACAAUAUUCUUGCAGAAAUGGUGAUGGGGGGAAUGGUAUUGGAGACCAACAUGAAUGAGAUUGUUACACAAAUUGAUGCACAAAAUAAACUGGAGAAAUCUGAGUCUGGGAGGUCAGAAAUCCAAAAUCAGUUUCGCAGCACUAAAGUCAAAGUGUUGGCAGGGCAAGAACUUCAGUCCUAUAACUGCAAGGAACUGAAUUCUGCCAGCGGUGAGCUUAGAAGAGGAUUGUGAGCCUCAGAUGUGAUAGCAACCCAGACUGACAUGUUGACUGCAGCCUUGUGGGACCCUGAAUCGAGGACUCCUUCAAGCUGUGCCUGGACUCCAGACCCAUGGAAACUCCAAAGCCACACUUUAUUGAUUAAACCUGACAACCCUGACGGAUCCAUCAAGCACAAUAGCACUAGUAUGAAUGUUUCUUCAGCCCUUGCUAUGGACCAGGCACUGUGCAAAUCUCUUCAUCUAGGUGAUUUCAGUUAAUCUUCGCCUAUCACCCUCUGAAACUUUCAUUAUGGUCCAGCUGAACCAGCUGCUGCCCCUCUCCUUGUAAACUUCACGUUACAUCCCGGAAGAACUGGAGGAGAAUCAGUUUCCCAUGUAGCAGCUAUUGGAGGAUGGAUAGUGGAGCUGAUACUGUAACUGGAGACAGAGGAGAAAGGCUGAGACGGACCAUGCAAUCAGAUAACUUCAAGGAAGGAUGAGAUCAGUUCAAGAAGAUCAACAUGGAGAAUGAAAGAAUUGAAAAUAAGAAGUUACCUUCAUUUCAAAAAGUGGUCACAAAGCACCAAGCUGACUGAGAUCCAUUUUUGGGUGAACUUCAUUUCUUUCCUACGGCUCAUAAACUGUGUGACAAAUAAUAACCACUCUGAGAGUGCUUUCUGUGCAUCCUUAGAUAAAAAUACUGUUUGGCAAUACGUAACAUUUUCCCUGAGGUUUAGCUUUGUGAUAGCUUCCUCCUUAUAAGUAUUUUAUUUAAAUCUUGAGGCAAGAAUGACUAUACUAAACUUUUUUUUUCAAGUAUGGAAAAGACUGGUAAUUGUCUUCCAAUGUCCAUUCUUUCUUUCUUCCUUUUAGUAUUAGAAAGCAUCCCAUAGAAUGUUAGAGACAAAUCUAGUUUUCCUUAGAGCCAGAUAUGGCCAUGUGAUUUCCUUUUCAUUGGAAUAUGGACAAAAAAGACAUGUGCAACACAUCUGCAUAAACUUCCUAAAUAAAAACACUUGCCCCUCCACUUUCUGCCUUUUCCCUAACUGGGGCCAGGGUGCAGUUGAAGUGCUGGUGAGGCAGUUUUGAACAUGUGGACAAAGACCGCCUCCCUGGGGGAUGGAUGAUGUCACAGAAGAGAACCACCUGCCUAUCUUGGAACCUCCACUUACCACUGGGCUAUCAUGUGAAGAAAUAAAUUUCUGUUUUGCUGCAGCCACUGCUUUUUUGGAUCCGUUUGUUAUAGCAGCUUAGCCUAAACCUUAAUUAAUAAUGCAUCAAGGCUUAUUUCAAAGUCAUACAUGACAAUUGACUGUUUUGUGCAAAUUUGUCUGAGAAGCUCUCCUGUAAUCCCUAACUUCCCAUCUAAAUAAACAGGUGA